GGCGUGCCGUGCUUAUAUAAGGCGGAGAGGAGGUAGUUGGCGCCCCCCCCCAACCCGUCCGUUACCACCACCAUUGCCCGACCUCUGGCCGACAUUUUGUACCAUGGAGUUUCAUGAGGAUUCCUGGGAUAUCGAUGAGGGUGCUGACAGUUCAGAGCACACGUUCCGGGGCGAAAUGCGUUCAAGACCUCCAUCCCACUUAAAAACGGAGAAAAAAGCUGAGCACCAUUUUUACGAUCGUGAGCCAGAGCAGUUCCGGAAACUGUUCGUUGGAGGGCUUAGCUUUGAGACAACAGAAGAGGGCCUCCGGCAGUACUUUGAGCAAUGGGGAAGCCUAACCGACUGUGUGGUCAUGAAGGACACACAAUCCAAGCGGUCGAGGGGCUUUGGCUUCGUGACCUUUUCGAGCAUGUCAGAGGUUGACGCAGCAAUGUCUGCCCGGCCUCACAAGAUCGACGGGCGAAUGGUGGAGCCCAAGCGGGCAGUGUCUCGAGAGGACUCGAUGCGACCUGGAGCUCACUUGUCUGUUAAGAAGAUCUUUGUUGGUGGAAUCAAAGAUGAUACCGAUGAAGAACAUUUGCGAGAUUACUUUGAAAAGUAUGGGAGGAUUGAAAUUGUUGAAGUUAUGACGGAGAGGGAAUCUGGAAAAAAGAGAGGCUUUGCCUUUGUUACCUUCAAUGACCAUGACCCCGUGGAUAAAAUUGUUGUUCAAAAGUAUCACACCAUCAACGGACACAACUGUGAAAUCAGAAAAGCCCUUCCAAAGCAAGAGUUGCAAAAUUACGGCAGAGGCCGAGGAGGAUAUAACAGAGAUUUUGGUCCUUCUGGUGGAAGGGGGGGUGGUUUUGGUCGGGGAAAUUAUGGAGGCGGAGAUUUCAACGGUUGUGGUGAUGGUGGAAACUUUGGCGGCGGAGGAGGUGGUGGAUAUGGUGGGGGUGGUAGAGGCGGUUUUGGCGGCGGUGGCGGCUAUGGCAACCAGGGAGGUGGUGGCUAUGGAGGAGGAGGGGGUUUUGGUGGCGGCGGCAGCGGCUUUGGGAACCAAGGAGGAGGAGGUGGCUUUGGGGGAAACAUGGGUGGUGGAGGCUAUGGCAACCAUGGAGGAGGAGGAGGCGGAAGCUAUGGUGGUGGAGGAAACUACCAAGGAGGUGGUGGUGGUUAUGGUGGACAUGGUGGACAUGGGGGUGGUGGUUAUGGAGGGAGUGGACAUGGGGGUGGUGGUUAUGGGGGUGGUGGACAUGGAGGUGGGGGUGGUGGUUAUGGGGGUGGUGGACAUGGAGGUGGGGGUGGUGGACAUGGGGGUGGGGGUGGUGGGUACGGGGGUGGACAUGGUGGGGGUGGACAUGGUGGGGGUGGACAUGGACAUGGUGGGGGUGGUGGUGGACAAGGCGGCGGGGGUGGCCAUGGGGGUGGCCAUGGGGGUGGCAAUUAUGGUGGUGGCGGUGGAAGCAGCGGAUAUGGAGGCGGAGGCAGCGGAUAUGGAGGCGGCGGGAGCUACAGCGGUGGAGGAGGUGGCUAUAACCAGCACGGCGGGGGCGGCGGCGGUGGCGGCGGCGGCAACUAUGGUGGUGGCGAUGUAGCAAGUCAGACCAGUACAGGAACAGUCGCUCUUGCAGGUAACUUUGGAGGCGGCGGUGGCGGCGGCAGCAAUUUCAACGACUUUGGCAACUACAGCAGCCAGGGACAUUCGCAUUACGGCCCUUUGAAGGGAGGCCACGGUGGUGAUGGUGGUGGUGGGAGCAGUGGCAGUUACAGUGGCCCCAGGAGCGGUGGCGGUCCCUACGGAGGUGGCUAUGGUUCCUCGGGGAGUGAUGGCGGAGGCUAUAGAAGCGGACGCAACCGAUAUUAGAGCUGCUUCAUUUUCCCCCCGAAAGGUUGGAGUGAAGCUGUCGGCACUGGACUGGAGAACUGGUCAACUCCAUAACAGGGUAAGCCAUUAGGUCCGAUGUGGUUGUGUUUGUUGUGAAUUGUGUUUUAAGUGUUACAAGUUGUAUAAUGCAUGGAUUGGUAAUGUAAAAAAAAGUUUAAUUAUUGUCUCAGCAACUCCAAUACACAAGUAAAAAAUGCAACUUUGGCAUGUUAGAAGUGGCAUGACUGCACAAAAAACAACCUCACUCCAUGUGAAAAUGUAAACCGUAAGACAACUGAUUGAAGAGAUGUUAGAUUGUUUCAUUUGUUAAAGUGGGGAUUUCAAUUCCUAUGCUUUAAAUGCAAUUGAAUACUUUGUUUGCAUAUAUUUUUAAUAAAUUCUUUAUUUUUAUAAUGUGAUUGUUUAAUCCCAAGCGGUGUGGUCUCAAUUUGUCACUUGUCCAGCAUCAAAGCAUUUGAUCACAGGUCAUUGUGUUUGCGAGGCACGUGAUGUCUAGGAAGUUUGGCUUUUAAGGACAUGACAAUAAUUUUGACCUGUAACACACGCACAGGUUUUUGCUCGCUCGAGGAGAAGAACAUGCUUCUAAAUAUGUAUUAAUAUACAUGUUUUAAACAUUUUUUUCUUUCGAGAGAUCAACGUGGGCGCAAGGAGACAUUAAAGCUGAAAAGCAGCCAGCCGUUGAGCCAGUCUCAAAUUACCCACGCUCAAAAUAUUUAUAUGAAGACAUGUUUGGCCAAUUUUAAUCCGUUCAGAGACGUCUGCAAGCGUGAGUCCUGUUCCCCACUCAAUCUUGGAACGUGCAAGCGUGGUUGGCAUUUUGAGGCAUAACGCCGUUUUUUUAACGACUUUGUACUCGCCACAAUGAACAAGCCAAACUACUGCCUGCAUUUCCACAUGGCCUUGUGAGAGCCUCGGUACAGUACUGAUAGUUAUUUUAGUUUUUUUUUCCCUACAGAUCCGUUCCAAUUACGUGUGCGUACGUAACCAGGGAAUGGAAAGGGUUGGUUUGUAAUUCGGAGGCAAUCCGAUCACCUGGCAGAAACCCACACGUGUGAGGUGGGAAGAUGUCCCACCCAGUACAGAUCGAACCCCAUAGAGAUUCCCUUGCUACACUGCCAGGGUAUGGUGACAACACAGAAAAGCAGUUUUGCAAUAUUGUGUUUCACCAGCCCCUUGCAUCAGUGCUAGAUUAUAAAGGUGUGCCGUUGCCUGGCAUGAAGUAAAAUCCUUUAAGAUAAAUUGUAAGCCAGGCAAGAUGUCUUCUGAAACAUUGAGUGGUGCAUAAACUUUCUGACAAGGUGCAAAAAUUUAAUUUUUCCAGUGAAAGCUUUUCCAAAGUUUUUAGGUGAAUUGCAAAAACAACUAGUUGAUACAUUUUUAAGUAAGACUUUUGUUGGAAGUACUUAAUGCAUUUCGAAAAUCUCAUGUGAUAACAGCACUCUAGAUAAAUCACUGAAUCGGCCAUAUUCUAUGAACCUGCUUUUAAGAAAUCUGAAAGCACUAAUGAAAUACAGGACCCUUCUAAAAUCCACAAUGCAAUACAAUUUUCUUUAAAAUCCGCCAGAUGGAAAGUUACAUUUUAAGGCAAAAAACUCAACACGUAUCUGUCAAAACCACUGCCUUAGGAAAAGGACAGAUGAAGGGCCAUUGUCCAAAAAACCUGUUGUGUAUUUUUCAGGCAAUGUCAGUUAUUCAUUUGAGUCUCCUGGUGUUUGUGCUUGCGCACCUGCCAACGGAGCGUCACAGAAUAUGUAUUUUAUUGCAAUAUAAUUUAACGAACACGUGUUACAAUGAAUUUCUCAUCGUGGAUCGCUUCCGAGUUCGCUUCCUGUGACAUUGGUUGCGUUGGGAGCGGUAGUGUAGCGGGCUAGCGCUCUGCACUGCAAACACGGCGAUCCGAGUUCGAUUCCUGCUCACGGCCAACACCAAUGACGAUUAUUCUUAACCGGUCAUGGGCCUCCCCGAGGUCGACUCGGCCUCAAAUGAGUACCUGGUGCAGUCUGUGUGUAAACAUCAUCGCCACUGUUGGCCACUCGACUCUUUGUGUGCCGUGCCAGCCUUCAUAGCACUUGCCCAAGUCUGUUCAGGCUAUACGGGGGUGAUCUUUGUUACCCUGGUUGUGUUAUCACCAUGUACGUCCAUGUGGUGGCAGCCGAACAGCCCUUUUCGAUGACCCCGGAAGACAAGCGAUGCUCCACCCUUAAGGGGGUAAACAAGUCCCUUCCUCGGUUAACAGGUUUUACGCGCUCAACUCAAAAGGAAGACAUUGAAAACAAAAGGGACCUUAAUACUUCAUUGGGACUGAUACGCAAGCACAAAUUAUUGUACAUUCAUCAUUCACGCUUCCUUCGAAGUAAAAUGUGUAAUUGGGCGAUGGUUGGCAUUUGCUAGGUGGAAGGGCCCAGAACAACCCUUCAUUGCAAGUGUUAUCAAGAAGGGCUAUUGAAAUAAUGUCGAUUUCCCCCCUCUUUAAGGCAAUGUUAUGAAUGACUAAUUUUGGAGAAAACUUUACCAAUGUGUUAUCGUAAAACUGAGCUCGCUUGCAAUGAGGCGUUUGGUUUUUGUGCCACUACUGAAAAAGUUCGCUUUAUCGGCAUUCUAAGUGACGUCGCAAUCCGUCUCCCACGCAUGAGGUUGUGGGAACGUGUAUGGGUUGUGGCUUAUAGGUGCCAAAAAUCUAAAAUUCAGUUCUUUGUGAUUCUUCUGGUUCAAACCACGGACGAUUUGUGGAAAGUCAACGUUCCAGCCCAUAUAGAACCUAAGAACUCUAAUCACUCUCAUGAUCACGUGGGCCAGAGGUUCUUAAACUGGAGUGCACGCACCCCCUGGGGGUGUGAGAUGCCCUUUCUGGGAGUGCGAGACAUGCCCAGAUUUUUUUAAAAGGUAAAUCCUCGAAAACAAAUUAAGUACGGGCAUGUAAGUACUACAACUGCUUUGUUUAAUCAAACCCUAUGUAUUAAAACAAAUUUACGAUUGAGAACGAAAGGGGUGCAAGGCAACAGCAAAAGUUACGAACCACUGCAUUGGACUAAUACAUGAGUAAAAUUACCAAAAUACUAACGGUGCCUCCAUUCUGACGCUGUUUGGUUAUUGUUCCUAAACCGAUGGUGGACUCAGAGUUAAUUUUGUAAGGAACCGAUUUCUUUACACAGGAUGAACGUUGCUGAAUUCCCACGAGGUAGAAAUCGUGAACUAGAUGGGCUUGAGUGAAUCCCGAAUCGUUCGUUUUUUUUAUAAUCAAAAGGGUGCUUUGUCACUGCGCAACUCAACUUCAUAUUUAACUUUCAUGGUGGUUUAUAUCAUUUUAUAUUAAUUUCACUCAAAAUACACCCCUUGAGUGCUUAAGAAGCACAAACUACAACCAGGUGAUGGGCCGGCGCACCCCCCCCCCCCCCCCAGUUCUGCAGGCUCUCUGUUAAGGUGGCCACAUUUGCUGUGCCCCCUUUGGCGGCACCUGUUUGCCCACGGGAGGGGAGCUUAACCUUCGUGGGACUCACCAAGCCUUGCCUCAACAGGGCGCGUAUGCCACCAUCAGCCGUCUGUGCUUUGGGAUGAUCGCGCACAACCAAAUAUGUUGUGCAUUUAACGUGCGGCUUCAAUAAUUGUAGUCCUACUUCGUUAAAUAAAGAAAAAAAAUUCAAACGG